GCACUGGCCCGUGUGAGGUUUGGGGACUCCCUGUGAAUGCCGUGACUGCGGUGCUGGGGUUCCUCCUGAGUGGCUUCUGUCACUGAGCAGAGACUGCUCAGCGGUACUGCCCCUCGAGAGCCUCUCCUUCCUGCCCCCGAAUCCUAGGAGUCCUCUUCUGUUUUUUUUUUAGGAUUAUUUAUUUGAGAAAGAGCGAGGGCACAAGAGUGGGGGGGUAGGGAGGGGGGCGAGGGAGAAGCAGACUCCCCACCAAGCAGGGAGUCGGAUGUGGGGCUCGAUCCCAGGACCCCGGGAUCACAGCCUGAGCCGAAGGCAGACAUUUAACCGACUGAGCCCCCUGGGUGCCCCAGGAGUCCUCUCUCGGAUGCCUCUUUGGGUUGUGCUUGCUCUUCACCCUCAGCUCAGUUGACACUGGAAGCUUGAAUGUGCACCUUUCAUCCAAGGGCUCCUUUCUGACCGGUCGUGGGGUGAGUCCGCUCCAGCCUCCGAGGGGACAGCUGAAGUCUGCCUUUGCUUUGCAGCUUGCUCAAGGGCGCGCCGAAGGUGCCCGCCACACCUGUGAAGGCCAAGAGCAUCAGCACCUUCCCGGAGUUUGGGAGCAACACCAGCGACGCCUGGGAUGCCGGCGAGGACGAUGACGGGCUCCUGGCCGUGGCAGGCGAGAGCCUGAACACCGAUGUGGUCAUGGAGACGGCCCACCGCGUCCUGCGCAACCACAGCCAGCGGCAGGAGCGCCGCAAGCCGCAGGAGGCGCCGGGCCCCGGGCAGGAGCCACAGCCUUCGGCAGAGCCUCCUUCGGUCCCGAGCGGUGACCUCCGGCUGGUGAAGUCCGUCAGCGAGAGCCACACAUCCUGUCCUGCAGAUAGCGCCGGCGACACUGCUCCUCUGCAGCGGUCCCAGUCUCUCCCACACUCGGUGGCGGCCGCCAUGGGUGGCACGUCUGACCCCAGCGCCCUCAGCAGCUCAGCGUUAAGUGAACGAGAGGCCUCCCGGCUCGACAAGUUCAAGCAGCUCCUUGCCGGCCCGAACACAGACCUCGGAGCAGGAUCUGUGGACUCCAGGGGUGAUGUGAGAAACCUCAGAAGCCUCCCUUGUCCGUGUUUCCCUCUUCUGUCCCGGUGCUCCGUUCCUUCCUAAGGCCUUGUCACCCGGACCAGAGC